AAUAAAUACAAUGCCUAAAUUGUUGUACUUUCAUUAUUUACUACUGGCAAUAUUGAUUUGCGAAGCUCGUACAGAAAUAUUUUCGACCGAAGAGCCAUUCAAUAUAACCGCAGUUCUCCAUUUGAGUGUAGAACCCAGAUCCCAAGAUGAUUGUACUCCUGGCAAGGUCCUUCUGCUGACACCAGAUAAUUUCUACGAAACCACGGCAAGUGGCACAUUCUUCGUAAAGUUCUAUGAACCGAAUUGCAUGGGUUGCGAAGACUUUGAGAGUACCUGGAUUGAAUUGGCCAAAUCGUUCAGACUAAAACGAAACAUUUGCUUUGCUGAAAUGAACUGUGAAAAUGCUGAAACGUUAUGCAACGACUACGAAUUGCGCUAUGAACCAAAUUUAAUAUGGCUGGAAAACGGAGACGAAGUUCGCCGUUAUGACGGAGAUUUAACUUUCGAGGGAGUCCACAAAUACGUUAAAGAGUAUUAUAGGGCAAAUAAUACCAAAAACUCUUCACCGGAAAGUACCAAUCUCAAAUCGGUUUCACAAUACUUAAAUUUCCUUGUAGGGUUCAUUUUUCUUGCAAGUUUGACCAUGUAUUUUGAAUAAAAAUUCGU